GAGCGGCCACAUACGAUGACGGAUCGCAUGCAGAGCCAGACGGACUCAGCAUGGGUCUACGGGGCCACCGGGACCUACGUCCCGGAGAACCUCAACAAGGGCGAGAAGGGAUGGGCCUGCUUGGCCGGGUGGGUGCUAUAUUGGUCGGCGCGUCUGGCCGAAGAGUUCGGGAGUAUGUGCCGCGCCAAGCGCUUCUGGCCGACCAACCUGCCCAAGUCUCUUCGUCGCCUCUCGGAGGCGUACGAGACGUGUUGGCACCCGCCGACGCUCGUGAACUACGGAGCCAACUCGUGGGGGAAGUGGUUCGUAUGCAGCGGGUGCACGAUGAGGGUCGGAUACUGGGAGCUGAGGCCGACAAAAGGGACCGUGAAAGAGGAGAAGAUGUGCCUGUGCAAGAAGAAGGACGCCGCGUGCACGCUGCGUGGACAAGGUUGGGCUCAGGGCGCGACCGCCGAGCCACAGUGGCAGGCCUUCAUAUGCGUGCCCAAGCCACCUCCUGGAGCCGAGAGGGCUCCGUUACCUCUUCACCCGGACAUGAUGGCCGGAGGUCUGGCGAGCGGCUCAUUCAUGACGGCUCGGCAGCUGGCGUAUCAGCGAGUGGCGGAGGGCGCGGCGAAGGUCACCGAGGCGCUGCAGAAGGAUCUGGCGGAACAGAGGUCCGCAGCAGCAGCAGCUCGCCGGGCGUCCUCAGCGAAGCGCAAGCCAGAGAGCGACACGGAGGCCAUGGACACCGCCUCCGACCCACUCGAGGAGAUGCGCGAGUACCAGGAGAUGAAGGCCAUGAUCCAGGGGGUGAUGGCCUCGCAGGCGUCGCAGCAGGAGGCGCUCGAGCGGGUCGCGACCACCGUAAAAGAGCAGAUGACGGCGAUCGCGACAGCCCAGGGACAGGCGCAGGAGGCCAGCCGAAUGAUCAGGGCCAUAGCGCAGGGCAGCUCGAGCAGCAAGGCGGACCAGGUCAAGGUCACAGCCGCUGCAAUCGACUCUCCCCCCAAGGCGGAGGCCAGGGCACCGCAGGCUCGAGAGGUUCCACAACGGAGUGGCUCCAACAGCGUGGGCCUACAUUGGGACGCACCUCUCGACGGGGCGAGUGUGCCGGCGGCGAUGGCCUCCCAGGCGAUGCUGCGCCAGCAGGCGGCAGCCAACGCGGGGGCGCCGCAACCGACGAGGUCACCAGCGCUGGGAGGCUAUCGGACGCACGGUCCCCCGGUCGAGCAGAAGAAGGACGCAGUGACUCCUCCGCGCAAUCUGGACCGCCUCUUCACUGCGGACGAGAUGCCGAUCAGCUCCACGGGGGCGCUGACCACGGAGGCCAGCAUUUCACUCCCGGGCACGGACCUGGCAGCCCCGCCAACGGCAGCAGUCGGUCCCUACGGCAAGGGCAACAAUAAGGGCAAGAGUACUCCCUCACGCAAGCCGGAGAACAGAGACCCGUGGACGCCGGGCCCGGAGGAGAAGGCCGCCGAGAAGCGGCGCCAGGAAUACCACGAGUGGAAGGAGGCCGGGUGGAAGACCUUCCACAACG